AGCAUCUGGUCACAAGGGAUAUGAAGCUGGUUGCAGGGUUAGCCGUGCUGUGGCUGUGGGUUGUGGAGGCCGUGGAAAACUGCCCUGAUGCUUGUAAAUGCAGCCAGAAAUCCAGUACGGAAAAGACUGAAGUCAAUUGUCAGAGGAAGGGACUUGAGAGCAUCCCACCCAAACUCCCUCUGGACACAUGGAUCCUUAAAAUGGGUGAAAAUGUAUUGCAGGAUCUCCCAGGCAACAUCCUGAGCUCCGUCCCUAAAAUUGAGAGCGUAAACUUAGAGCGAAACUCAAUCAAAUCAAUUCACCCUCAAGCAUUUUCUGGUGCCCAGCGACUGAUGCUUCUGAAUCUGCAAGGAAACCGAAUGUCCAAACUCCCAGUGAAGGGCUUCAAAGAUCUCCUAAACCUACGCUUUCUCAUGCUGGGCCAGAAUCAGAUAGCUAGCCUGAAACCUAACAUGUUCAUUGGCAUGAGGAACCUCUCAGAGCUGGAUCUCCCCCUGAACGCCCUCACUGCUCUCCCACCAAAUACAUUCAAGCCUCUGAUUGCCCUCAAAGUCCUGGAUCUAGCCUUGAACCACAUCCAAAGCAUCUCACCCAAAGCCUUUGUUGGACUUGACGAGCUGCUUUUUCUCAAUUUGGACAACAACAAGCUGAAGAAUAUCCAAGAUGGGACCUUUGCGUCCAUGAUUGGUCUUGAGAUGCUGGUGCUAGACAACAAUUUUCUCUCCACAGUUACUGCGGCUACGCUAGAAGGUCUUUCCAACCUGCAGGAACUCUAUGUGAGAAAGAAUAAAGUUGAGAGUCUGCCAGCUGACGUGUUCCGCCACACACCGAAACUUACUCACGUGGGCUUAAGUGGGAAUCGGCUUCAUGCCAUUGACGGAAACAUGCUAGCCAACAUGCAGGGUUUAAAGGAGGUGUUUCUGCAUGACAACCCAUGGAAAUGUGACUGCAGCAUCAACUCGCUGUUACAUUACGUAGUCCAGACGAGGGCUAAUCACUCUCCUCUGCAAAGACUUCGGUGCACCAGCCCAGAAGAGUUUCGUGAUAGACCCAUCCACCAGCUGAAAUCUGAUGAACUUCCCUGCAGGGCCUAGAAAAUUCUCACAUCUGAUAUCAUAUCACGAGCGACCUCCAGAAGUUGGGAGCACAGUGUAAUAACAGCGUGAUAUUUUCUGCAUUUGAAUGGCGAUGCUUCACAGAACUCCAACCACAAUGGCUUUGACAGGUUAAUGAUAGAGCUGCUGUUCUGCAGAUAGUCAUAAUUUUCACCCACACCAGUCGACUGGAGAGCAGUACAUCCUACAAAACGAAGGAAGAAGUGUGCGCUUGUUUUUCCUUAUACAAAUGAAAUGCCUAUUUUGUUAGGUGUUAAUAAUAAUAAUAUGUUUUCACAUUUAAC